AUGGUAGCCAGACUAGUUACUGUGUUUUUUAACGUUCACAUUUUUUUUAUUAAGCUUCUGAAGGAUGAAAAAGAGCUGCUUCAGCUGGCUGAACAUAGCAAUGCGAAUUCGGAUUUGAAGAAUAAGAUGGAAUAUUUCAUUCAACUUGGAGUUGACGUGAACGCAAAGGACGAGAUCGGAAGGAAUAUGCUCCACUAUUUGUGUGAAAACAAUUCAAGCCCACACUUAAUCGAUAUAAUUCAACUUUUCGUCAAAUUCGGCAUCGACGUGAACGCGAAGGACAAGACCGAAAUGAAUGUGCUCCAUUAUUUGUGUUUAAACAAUUCAAGCCCACAAUUAAUCGAAGCAAUUAAACUCUUAUUCCAACACGGCAUCGACGUGAACGCAAAAGACCACAACGAAGGGAAUGCGUUCCACUAUUUGUGUUCUAACAAUUCAAGCCCACACUUAAUCGAUGUAAUUCAACUUUUCGUCAAAUUCGGCAUCGACGUGAACGCAAAGAGCAAGUACGGAAACAAUGCGCUCCACUAUUUGUGUUCUAACAAUUCAAGCCCACACUUAAUCGAUGUAAUUCAACUUUUCGUCAAAUUCGGCAUCGAUGUGAACGCGAAGGACAAGACCGAAAUGAAUGUGCUCCAUUAUUUGUGUUUGAAUAAUUCAAGCCCACAAUUAAUCGAAGCAAUUAAACUCUUAUUCCAACACGGCAUCGACGUGAACGCAAAAGACCACAACGAAGGGAAUGCGCUCCACUAUUUGUGUUCUAACAAUUCAAGCCCACACUUAAUCGAUGUAAUUCAACUUUUCGUCAAAUUCGGCAUCGACGUGAACGCAAAGAGCAAGAACGGAAACAAUGCGCUCCACUAUUUGUGUUCUAACAAUUCAAGCCCACACUUAAUCGAAGCAAUUAAACUCUUAUUCCAACACGGCAUCGACGUGAACGCAAAAGACGACAACGAAAAGAAUGCGCUCCACUAUUUGUGUUCUAACAAUUCAAGCCCAAACAUAAUCGGCGCAAUCCAACUCUUGGUCGAACGCGGCAUCGACGUGAACGCAAAAUGCGACAAAGAAAAGAAUGCGCUCCAUUAUUUGUGUGAAAAAAAUUCAAGAUCAAACUUAAUCGAUGCAAUUAAAAUCUUGAUCGAACUCGGCAUUGACGUGACCGCAGAGGACGCAUAUGGAAUGACAGCGCUAACUUCUGUUUUGACGAUGGACUGCACAGGUUCUCAAAUAGGAAAGUAA